AUGCAGCACCGGCCAAGUGCUCGUCUGCGCCGCCAUGAUGGCUGCUACUCGAACAACCAGAGAACUGGCCAGGUGGUAUUGAGCCCUGGCCAAAUGUUUAUGAUCAACGUCGAGAGGACGUUCUCAUACAGUCUAGCCGAGUGGAAGAAAAAGAAGGGCUCUCUAGCUUGUGAAGCAGAGAUUUCGAGGUCAGCAAGAAAGAGUUUCGCCUUCGACGCUGUUUACUGGCAAAAGAUUGAUGAUCGUUUCUGGAAGAGAGACUGGGAAGAGAUACUCAACCUUCUCGAUGAAACAGAGAAACAGAAUAUGGAAGUUCUUGUCAAAAGGAAGAUGCAAGAAAUUCAGAAAAGAGUCCUGGCAUGGGGCCCUAUUGAGUGA